AUGCGCGGGACCCACUGGGGUUUAUUCACUCCAGCCCUGGUCAUGCAGUUUUCUGGACCUCGUCACAAAAAACAGCCUCUGUCUGAGCAGUGGCACAGACUGACGCAGAAGAGUGGCCUGAAGCACACGGUUUACUCCGUCAGUGGAGAUGAGUACACUGGAGAAUGGAAGGACGAUAAGAAGCACGGUAAAGGAGCUCAGGUGUGGAAGAAGGGUGGUGCCAUGUAUGACGGAGAAUGGAAAUGUGGAAGACGAGAUGGACAUGGCACCUACAGCGUUUUAAACCCACAGACCAAAGAGUAUGUGAAAAAGUACUGUGGAGAGUGGAGACAUGGGAAAAAGCAUGGCUUUGGGACAUUUCUCUACAGCUGUUCUGAGGUGUAUGAAGGACAGUGGAGUGAAGACGCUCGCUGUGGUUGGGGGAAAAUGCACUUCACUAAUGGAGAUGUUUACGAAGGCGAGUGGAGGAAGGACAGGGCCCACGGCAGAGGGUUUAUUCUGUGUGCAAAUGGAAACUGGUACGAAGGCUCCUGGAGAGACGGGAAAAAGGACGGAUAUGGGACAUUUUUCUACUCUGACCAGGGGCAGCUGUAUGAGGGUCUAUGGGUGGAUGGAACAGCAAAAUGUGGCACACUGUCUGAUUUUAAGAGAAGCGAAGCACCGAGACCUCCAAAAUAUCAGAUUCCACAGUUGCAGCUCGUGGACACGAGGGCCGUCCUGACCGGAGCCCAGUCAGCCUUCGACAGGACAACAGCCUCUCAAGAGUAA